AUGUUCGUAUAUGGAACAAAUGUCAUAAAAGGCAUCUCAUCUGUUUUUCUGCAGCUUUAUGCUCUAAGAGAAUGCCUGUACCAUACCGGAACUACAAUCGAAGCUCGAGGACAGGCCUACUGUAAGGAAUGGAGAUGUCGAGUCCUCGCUUCGCUACCGCCUGUCGAGUCCUCGCUUCGCUGCAGCCUCAUCAUGGGUCUCGCCAUCAAUCACUUACGCAAGCCGCACAAGACCACUAUAAGAGUGGCCGAUUCGAGACAGCCGUGUCGACUUGCUCGUCUUCGUCGCCGUGGAAUACGCCCUGGCCGUAUGGCCACCUCAUCCUGA